AAUUUAUAUACUGCCAUUCUUCACUAUAUUGUGACAUUUUUUAUUGGGUCUAUAGUAAUUGUAUAUACUUAGUUAUGCCUAUACUUUGUAUAUAUAUAUGCACGUAUGCACACGACCAGUUUAAAUUGCCCGCCUAAAAAACUCCUCGUGCGAUAUGGUCAGAAUAUCAACCGCAUUGUAUGUGUGUGUGUUUACGUACAUUCAUAUAUAUGUUUAUAUAUGUGUGUUAGAAAGAUCAGAUUAUCUCUUGUACCCUUGUCAAGGGGAGUAGUAACCAUUUCUCCUUUAAUAUAUAGGUACUACUAAAGUAGAGUGGUCCCGAACGCGCACCCGCGCUAGCUAGUCGUGAGUGGUCGAUCUUUCAAAAAGUGCGCGUGCGCAAAUGAAUACGUGUUUAGGGUUAGGGUUAGGAUCGACCACUCACGACUAGCUAACGCGGACGCGCGACUGCGCGUUCGGGACCACUCUGCUUUAGUAGUACCAAUAUAUAUGUAUAUACGGGGUAUUUGGGCUAAAUUUGACAGUUUGCAUUAAAGGAAAAGAAAUCACAAUAUCCCAUCCAAAAAGUAUCAACUAGAUUAUGGAUGGGAGAUAAGUUUACUUGAAGUAGUCGCUCUCAGCUUCCACUACAGCCUCAAGCUGGCUCUUGAACCUUGUGCAUGUAUUCCUCAUUGCAUCCCUGGGAAGAUCUUCAAACACUGUGAUCUUCGCCACCUGCUUGGCCUUGAUGUUGCAGGCAGAGUGGCUGGUGUCUUUCUCAAUCAUGCCCCAUGCAUAGUAAUCCAUGGAAUUACAAUUGGAGGAAUUUGGAAGCCAGAAAUUAGGGUUGGUGAAGUCAUAGACAUUUUCCAACAAUCACUUCAUGACUCUUUCUGUAGGUAUGGCAAGGAGCUGAAUCCUGCUGCCACAUAUAUAGCCUUCCAGCAGCAACCCUCUCCAGCCAAGGAUUGAGCACAGUCUCCACCAGCUUCACAUAGUCAUCCAAAUUGAGCCUAAGGUCCUGCUCAAAGAUGUGGGGAUGAAUUCUGGCUUGUGAAUGCAGUCAGAAUGCUUGUUGUGUCUCUUCCUGCUGGCUAUAGCUUUAUAGUCUCCAUUGCAUCUGUCCAUGUCACAUCUUAGAACCUUUAUAGUGUUCACAGCACUGAGCAGCAGCCAUGAUAUUAACAUUUUGAUGCCCAGUGCAAAUCAUCAUGAUACAGUUAACUUCCAAUAUUCAGAUGGCUUCCAGUCCUCCAUGUCAUCUAAUUUUUUUUUCAACAAACCGUUGGAAAACAGUUUAUAGCAGAGACUCCAGCUAAGAAGAUCUGAAGAAGGAAUUUUAAUUCUGAAAUAUCAUCAGACUAUAGAGAACCAAAUUACAACAGAAUAUCAGCUGAUGUUGAAAGGAAAGAAGUUUUUUCUUCAUAUACAUCAUAUUAUAGACUAAAAGAUGUUUUGCAGGACAGACGUAACCCUGUUUAUAUAAAACUGUAAUGAAUUACUGUGAAAUAUUUACUUAUAGCCUCUGAGAGAUGUUAUUGGUAACAAUUGUUUUUUUCACAGUUCUCUUUGAAAUCUGAACAAAAUGAUUUUGUCUUCUAUUUAAAAUUGGAUAUAUUUACAAAGAAGUUGCAACAUUUCCUGAUACCUACAAAAAUCACAGUUGAUGGUAAUAUAAUUGUAGAAAUAUUUGUUUGGAAUAAAAUAUAAAAAGAAUACAAAUGAAUAUAUAUUGUAGUGAAAGAAGGAAAAGAAUGGAAAAUACACUAUAUGAAAAUGGAAUUAAUUGUAAACCACAGUAUAAAAGUAUUGAUUUUCCUACUGAGACGCUGAAAGUAACAGGGAAGGCCUUAUACCACUGUAAUAUCUGUAAAAAGUCAUUCUCCCUGAAAGGUAACCUAACUACCCAUGAACAUGUUCAUACAGGAGAGAAGCCAUAUCAUUGUGAUAUCUGUGGUAAAUCCUUCUCUCAAAGAUCUAGCUUAAUUACUCACAUACGUAUUCAUACAGGAGAGAAACCACAUCACUGUGACAUAUGUAGUAAAUCAUUCUCUGCUAGAAUAAAUUUAAUUACUCACAGGCAUAUUCAUACUGGAGAGAAGCCAUAUCACUGUGAUAUCUGUGGUAAGUCUUUCUCUCAAAGUUCUAUCUUAACUCGCCACAGACAAAUUCAUGCACAAAAGAAAAUGAAUCUUCAUGUAACUACCCCAAAACGUAUUCAUACACUAGAUAAAUUAUAUCAAAGUGAUAUCCAUAAUAAAUCUCUUUCUGAAGUGAUAAUCUUAACUACUCACAAACAUAUUCAUACAGGAUAGAAACAGUAUCACAGUGGUAUAUCUCAUAAAUCAUUCCUUGGAAAUGGUGAUUUAACUACUCCCAAGCUUAUUCCUACAGGAAAGAGACUCUAUAGCUGUGAUAUCUGUUUUAAAUCAUUCUCUCAAAUUUUACCUUAACUAGACACAAAUAUAUUCAUACAGGAGAAAAACCAUAUCAUUGUGAUAUCUGUGGUGAAUCAUUCUGUUUUAACCAUUACUUAACAACGCACAAACGUAUUCAUACAGGAGAGAAGCCAUAUUACUGUGAUAUGUGUUAUAAAUCAUUCUCUCAGGCUAGUAUUUUAAGUAGACACAAGCAUAUUCAUAUAGGAGGAAAGCCAGCUGAUAUAUGAUAAAAACUCGUUAAUUUAGCUAUACAUUUAUUUCUUCAUAUAGAAGAGUUAACACACCACUAUCAAAAUUCAUUCUAUCAGAAAAAUAUAAUUUUUAAAUGUAUUCACAGAAAAAAGAAGUUUUAACACUGAAAGAACAACUUCCCAAUAUUUUAUUUUAUAUAUCUAAAUUGGGUGAAAUAACUUACCAGUGAUAUUUUAAAUAAAAGCAUUAUUUCAGUAUAUUCACACAUUACAAACUAACAUAUUUCCAGAAAGGAGGAAUGAUACUGUUGAUUUGACUGUGUGGCUAAAUAGCUGAGAAAUGUAUUCUCAUAAAUGGGAAAUGAUUUCACUGUACAGUUAUUGUGUUACAAUGAAUGCACAAAACAUAUUUAGUGCAUUUAUUUCAGCAUAUUUCAACAUUGCCUAAUGGCAUAUGUGUUUUAUAUGUAUUCUGAAUUUUAUAUACAUUCUUUCAUGUAUCUUAUGUAUAUUCUGAUUUAAAUUUAUUAUGUAUGUACUUCAUCUUGAAAAGGAUCCUCUUGGUAAAUAGUUAUAUAUCAGGUCAUUAAGAAUGAAAUGUCUGAUUUUGAACUGAAAGUAUAUUUUACUUUAUCUCAACAAAAGGCAAUGCAAUUAAUUAAACUAUGCACCUGAAUUAUCAACACAAUUUUUCCAUUUUAUCAGUAGCUUAUUUAUGCCAGCAGUGAAGAAUUCUGGAGAGCAAGAGGUUAUGAAAUCAUGAAAGGCUGUUUUUGCAUCUUCUUCAGAUUUGAAGUUUUUACCUCACAAUAUGUUGUGUAAUGCCUGGAAAACAUGAUAGUCUGUUGGUGCAAGUUCUGGUGAAUAUGGUGGAUGACAGAGUACUUCCAAGUUCAGUUCCUGUAACUUAAGUAGUGUUCUUUGUGCAACAUGUAGUCAAGCAUUGUCUUGCAAGAGAAUUGGCCUGUCUCUAUUGACAAAUUUCAAUUGCUUAAUUGCAAGUUCACUCAUCAUUUCACUAGGUCUCGUGAAGCUGUAGUGGAUGACACCAGUGCUGGACCACCAAAUAGACACCAUUAGCUUUUUUUGGUGAAUAUUCUUUUUUGGAUCGUGUUUAGGCACUUCGUCUCUAUCCAACCACUAUGCAGAAUGCUUGCUUUGUUGAAACGAAUCCAUUUUUCAUCACACAUAACAAUACGAUGCCAAAAUGGUUCUUUUUUUAUGCUGUCACAGCAAAGAACAGCAAGUUUCAAGAUGAUGUGUCAUUUGAUGCUCGUUCAGUUCAUGUGGUACCCACUUGUCCAGCUUCUUUACCUAGCCGAUUUGUUUCAGAUAGACCAAUACAGUUGGAAUUGAAGCAUCAAACCUUGCUGCUAAUUCACACGUAGUUUGAGAUGUAUCCACUUCCACUACAGUUUCCAGCUCAUCAUUAUCCACCUUGAUCUCAGGUCUACCAUGGGGCUGAUUUUCAAGAGUAAAGUCACCAGACCGGAACUUCUCAAACCAUCAACGUACAGUGCACUCAUUCGCCACAUCUUCACCAAACACCUCAUUGGUGUUUCCAGCUGUCUGGGAUGCAUUGGUUCCACGACAGAACUCAUAUUCAUAAACAACAUGAAUUUUUUAUCUAUCCAUGGGUUCACAAAAAUUGAAUUACAAGAGAAAACUUACAAUAUAAUCAGACACCAUGAAUUGCAUUUCAAAAAGUGAUGAUGUAACUCUUCAAUGUUGUAAAACAAAGAAUUGUCAGGAUGAAACAUUAGAAUUAAUGACUGUCAAACUUUGUGCAUAAGAAAAUCAGACAUUUCAUUCUUAAUGACUUGAUAAUUUUAUAAUUUCUUCUAUUUACAUCAUGAUUUCUUCAUGACUUUAUGGUAAUUUGGAUAUUAAUUUGUAAAUAUCAUUGUAACCUUCAGCUUAAUACAAAGUAGGUGAUAAAUUUGUGUCAUUAUCCAUUCUCACAAACUCUCUUUUUGUUUGGGCAUUUUUGUUAUUAUACUCAGUCUUUUUCAUCACAUUUCUGAGGCUCAAAAUCUUUAAAUUUUACCUCAUCACAUUUUAUGGAUA